GACCAUUAAGGGCAGCACGGCAGGCAGGUAGCAGUGUGCUACCCGUGGAGUCCAUGCUGUUCAAUAACUCAACAGACUGAACUAAGGCCAACUGUUCACAUAAAAGAUGUUUCCCUGGUCUGCGGUCUUCUCCAUUGAGCCAAAGGUCCCUGGACAGCGCAGCACGGAGGAGUUGGUAACCAACACCCUCAUGCUGGAGCUGGGAGCCAUGGUCAAACGCACAGAGCGCAUACGUCUGGAGAGGGCCAAAGAGAGCCGGCGCAGGCGCCGCAGCUCCUCCUCAACAGCAGACUACAGCUGGUUGGCCUCUGCCCAAACCCCGCAGCCCUACGAGCUGACCCCGAACGACGUGCUGGAACUGCAGGACCUAUGUGCUAAGAUCCCCCCUGCACAGUGUGGCCCAGUGAUCGUCAGGUUUAGGAGGAUGGUGUCACAGAUGGAGCCAGAGGUUCACGAAGUUCCUCGCAUGUUUCGGUCUGUGCUGCGUGAGUGUGUGAACGACAUCAGCGACAGUGAAGAUUUGCAAGAAUGUGUCUUUGAGAAGCAGCAGCGAAGCAAAAGCCUAUCGUUUGUAACUUUUCGCACCAAGUUCAGAACAGGGCAUUUCUCAAAAGGCUCUGGUCUGAGGGGCUCUCGGGGGAAUCUGCAGCAGCAGGUGGACUGGUCUGACGAAGAGGACUCAGAGGAAGAGGAUGAGGUCAUCAGGGUGCGGGCCAAAAAGGGCAGGAGCAGAAGUAUGCCCGAGAUCACGCCAAUGGAACAGAGCGCAGAAGCAUGAGAUAGGGCCCUGGACACAGAAACUAGAGAAAAUUA